AUGACUCCUGAUGUGGCCUGGACAUUUCAAAUCGACAGCAGUCUCGACCCAAUGCCAGAGGACGACAACAGGCUGAUGAUCUGGAGAAGCGACAUGUGCAGAAGGAUGUAUCAGUUGGCCACGGUCGAGAAAGAGAUAUCAUGGAUCAAGUACAAGCUCACGUCGCUCGGGGGCAUAGAGAAGCAAGUGGGCCUGGAAAACGGGGCCCUGCACCGGUUCAACCUGCAGUCGGGGCUCCACCGUGGCAGCAUCCCCAGGUCGGACAGCGUCGCGCCCCUCGCGUCCGCCGCGGGCGAGUUGGACGAGGAGGCAGGGCUCCCGAAACCCGAGAGGCCGCCCCACAAGAAGGCGGCGGCCGUUCCGCCGCCGCGCGCCCACAGGGGCCGCGUGUGCGGCGUGUCCGUCACGGUCUCGGGCACGGUGUUGUCGGUGGCGUCCAAUCCGAAGGACUGUGCGCUCCGCAUCUGGAAGCUCGCGACGCACGAGGCCGUGGCGGCGGUGGACCUGGGGCGCGAGCGCCCUGGCGCACCGAGCUGCCUGCUGCUGCGCGUGCAGGGGGCGCUGGCGGCGGUGUCGCUGGACGACGGGGCGCUGCUGCUGGUGGACCUGCACGGGCAG